CUCUGUUAAAGAAUCUUAAUACUACCUUUGAGGAGAUGGAAGUUGUCAGCAGAGCAGGACUGGGAAUGUUGAAGUUUGUGGAAGCAGUGAUGAGUUACUGUGAUGUGGCUAAAGAAGUCAGGCCAAAGAGAGAGAAGGUGGCUAGACUAGAACGGAACUAUUUCUUAAGUAAACGGGAACUGGAAAAGAUACAGGCAGAACUGGCUAAAAUUCAGGAUGAGUUGAAAGCUUUGGGUAGGAAAUAUGAAGAAGCAAUAGCAGAAAAGCAACAGUUACAAGAAGAAGCAGAGAUUAUGCAGAGAAGAUUAAAUGCUGCUGACAAGCUCAUCUCUGGCUUGGGAUCUGAAAAUGAGAGGUGGACAAAAGAUUUAGAGGAAUUCAAAAUACGAAAAGUGAAGUUGCUUGGAGACUGUCUGCUCUGUGCUGCCUUUCUGAGCUACGAAGGAGCAUUCAACUGGGAGUUCCGUAAUGAAAUGGUCUAUCAAGUGUGGCAAGAAGAUAUCCUUUCACGAGAGAUUCCACUCAGUCAACCUUUUAGAUUAGAAAGCCUCCUGACUAAUGAGGUUGAAGUUAGCAG